UUAGUUUAUUAGUUACUUGGCCUACGUGCCACGUAGACUUUGUAAUUUUUAGGGUCAACAGGAAUCAGACUCCUACGCUUUCCCAAAAAUCGCAUCUUUCAUCUUCCUCUCAUGGAUACAGCAAUGGCAGACAAACCCAGCCGAGCUCUGGUUCUGUACGGAGAUGGGUUGGCCCGGUUCGUCGACCCGUCAUAUACCCAUCUCCACUCUCUCGCUUCCAAAGCUUCAUGUGGAUUCUUGAGCCUCCCCAUUGCCCCUCCCUCAGAAAGCGAGGAUGAGAGAAUAGUUAGAGAGUUUGCAGUGCUGUUGGAUGCGUAUGAAGAAGAAAGAGGGAAGAAAUCCGUGAUUCCCAUAUCAGAAAGGUUCAUGGGGAUGAAAGCUGCUAUAUUUACAAAUAAUUCAAGUUUGAAAUCUUUUGGUACCAAACUUGGUCUCAGCAUGUUCCAAAUUGACGGUUUUCUUAAAAACAGUCCAGCCGGUGCUGAACAGCCAGUUGAUUUCGGGGCAUCUAAAUUACUUAAGCUGCUUGGAUUUCAAGAAGGGAAGGCAGCGGAGUCGAGUCAGUAUGAAUUGGUUUUUGUUCAUGUUGGGGCUGGUGAGGUGGAAUAUCUCAAUGCUUUGGUUGGUGGUAUAUCACAAAUAGACCAGCCUGGAUCUGAGGUCAGUUCCCGCUUACACUUGUCUGUUGUGUUGAGCUUUGGGAAGGUCUCAGAAAACGAAGAUACCAACUUGUCAGUCUCGAUUAGAAGAGAUGAUGAAAACUCUAAACUUUCGAAGAUCGUUCCUCGUCAAAGUUACACCGUGAAAGGAGAGAAUCCUCGGGAGGAUGUUAGGGACCAUUGCUCAGCGGCAAUAUGCCGUAACCCGCAAGAACAUGGCCGAGACAUUCUCGUUUAAAGACUUCAAGGAGGUACUGUUUAGCUUAUCAGAUGUUGAGUCUACUGCAUGACAAUGCUGGAUUUCGUAAGGGAUUUACUGAUAACUAGCCUUCGAUUGUCCGGUUAUAUUCUCACGUCGAGUUCAAAGAUUUCGGCUUUCACUUAACUAGAAUGGCUUAGUGCACUUUUACAAAUGAAUUCUGAAACUUGUUCUUUUCCGGGCAGCGUGGUGGAAAUCUUGUAAUACCGGCAGAUAGGUUUCUGCACGAAGUGGCCUUUAAGCUCUGGAAGGCCCCCAAGUACGGAGCAUGAGAUAAAGAGCAGAGAAGGCAUACCAGACGGUGCAUGAGUUUCUUCACAUAAGCACGGAAGAUAAACCGGAGGGUCAGAGCUUGCCGUUGCUCGUCUCAAAUGCUGCCACAGUGUUAUUCAAAGCAACUCUUAACUGCGCCUUGCCUUACCGGACUCUGCAUGUAACAAGACUAGUCUGUAUGUGACCUAAAACUGGAUGAUGUUUCGAUCGCCCCACAGCAAAAGGGGCACGAUGAUGUAUGUGACGUAAAAUUAGAGAGUUUUAUUGAUUUGAAGCAGAACUGCAACAAAUACAUUGUUUUCCAUAA